AUGGCAGCCACUCCUCCAUCUGUGGCCAUUCCAGGUGAAUGCCUAGGCCCAAUCUCCACAUACACCUCAGGACCAGGGACACACGUCCAGCAAUCCCACAUCUACGCCUCCAUCGCUGGUCCCGUCAUUGCCGAUAGUAAAAGCCAACCAAAGGGCAAGACCCAUCUAAGGAUAGCCCGCAUGGUCCCAGCCGCACACCAGUCAGGCCCAGUCCCAUCAUCAAAAUAUCAAAAAAAUAAAUACAACUCCCUGCCGGGCAUUGACACCGUUGUCCUUGCACGAGUCACUCGUGUGCAGAAGCGUCAGGCAACAGUUUCUAUACUCGUUAUCCUUGAUGAGAGCUCUGAUCCGAAUGAGACUGAACCGUUGAAAGGAUCCUCGGAUAAUGAUAACAUCGCCUCUAUCCUUACCUCUGCUGCCAACCCGGAGAAUCACAGCAGUAACGACGAGCUACGUUUCCAGGCGCUCAUCCGCAAGGAAGACGUGCGCGCUGUUGAGAAGGACCGUGUUGUUAUGGAUGAGAUGUUUCGUGUUGGUGAUAUUGUCCGUGGCUCGGUUAUCUCGCUUGGUGAUCAGAGCUUUUACUACCUCACUACGGCCCGUAAUGACUUUGGCGUCGUGAUGGCACGGAGCGAGGCUGGGAAUAUGAUGUUCCCUGUGAGCUGGAAGGAAAUGAGGGAUCCUGUAACUGGUUCUGCUGAACCGAGGAAGGUUGCUCGGCCUUACUGA